CGCUCAAAGCAGAUAUGCUCCUGUGAGUAAUUUAUUUUGGGUACAUCAAUAAUGAAAUAUCUAACUAAAAACGGAGUGAAACAUGCAGAUGGAAAUACAACAUCCAACUUUUCGGCAUUUGAAGUUGCACAAAGAGAAACCAGAGCCAACAGGAAACACCUGGAGGCCCAGCUGUCCUGUGGGAUUCCCAACAAGGACUUGGUGGACGACACGGAGCCGGAGAACCGAGGAAGAACGAGCCGGAGGAAGAGGGUGGUGGGAGGAAUCCCGGCCAAUCCGACUCAGAUCCAGCGGCAGGUGGCGCUAGAGGAGAACCGCAGGAUCGACUGUGGAGGAGCUUACAUCGGCGGCUGCUGGGUCCUCACCGCCGCUCACUGCGUCAGAAACGGCUUCAACAGAGUGAAACUCUCCAGCAGAUGAAACCCCAUGAAGGACAAUGAGGAAACUGGUUUGACAUGAAAGUUACAUUAUCCUCUCUUUGCUUUGCAUCGUGAGAGCUUAUCCACCCCCUCAACAAAGUGAUKSGAACGGAAGGGUGGGGUCCGUGAUCUCCAGCUAGCAUCAGCUCCCAUGCCAAUCUGACAUGCUUAAAGAGGAGGAAGUGAUGCGUUUCCUGUCACCCCCCCUUCCUAUUGUGUCCCGUCCUUCAUAAUUAACCGCUGAUCACCCUCCAGAGACACACACAGGCGUAAAAAUCUAUGAUCUCCCUCCAUAUUCCUCUGCUUCCUGUUACUUAGUUACCAGUUGCCAUCAUUAUCCUGGGCCGCAUCUGUUUCCAUGGCGACCGUGCCCGUUCUGUCGUCUCCUGGCUACCUCUCGGCAGYGAGGUCCCGAUGGCCUGCAGCCACCCCGGGCCCCUGACCCCGCAGCUCGGUGCCCCUGCCCAGCGGAGCCGCACGGCUGUCACUGCGUGUUCACGUCCCGCCGCAGAACGCCGGGCCGCUCCAGACCGCCAGAACGCAGAACUUCUGGCCGCUUCUGCCCGUGGCGGCUGACAGGACGGGGAGUCACAGCCGAUAAAUAUGCAGCCAGCAUGAGCAGAAAGAGGCGACAGUAAACAGAGG